UCAUCUGGAGAGUGGCUUCUUGUGGUCAAGAAAAAUGGAUUAACCCGAUACACUCACAAGGCAGAGAAAGUAAUGAGGCCCUGCUCAAAAAACCGUAUAACACAGGCUAUAAUAUGGUCUGCAGAUAGUAAUGGUGAUAAUAAUUGGAAGCUAGAGUUUCCCAAUCGAUGUGACUGGUCUAUUUUUAAGGAUCUUUACAAGGAGUGUUCUGAUCGUGUUGUACCAGCUCCAGCUAUUAAAUUCAUCCCCGUGCCUGGGGUGCGUGAAGUCCCAGGUUAUGCGGAUAGCCACAGUACUCCGUUUGACAGACCAGAAUCAUACAUUUAUCUGAAUGAUGAUGAGGUGUCUAGAGCCAUGGCAAAGAGGACUGCGAAUUAUGACAUGGACUCUGAUGAUGAGGAGUGGCUGAAGAAGUUCAACAGUGACUUCUUUGCGGAGAAUGAACUUCAUGACCAUGUUUCAGAGGAUAAUUUUGAAUUAAUGGUUGAUGCGUUUGAGAAGGCAUUUUAUUGUAGACCGUAUGAUUUCUCUGAUGAGAAUGCAGCUGCUAAUCUUUGUCUGGAUAUGGGGAGGAGGGAAGUAGUAGAGGCUAUAUAUAGUUAUUGGAUGAAUAAACGGAAGCAGAAAAGGUCGUCAUCACUGCUUAGGGUAUUCCAG